AUGUCCGCUCGCCCAAUCAUUGUGAUCACGGGCGCCAACGCCGGGCUCGGAUUUGGAACAGCACAGCGUCUUCUAGUCCAGCUGUCGCAUGCAUUACCCCCGGACACUCGGCCAGACUGGAGGCUGUCUAGCUCUCACUCCUCUGACAGCGAGGCUACGCCGUCACCUUUCGCUGCUCCUGAUGGGUGCACUUUGGUCCUUGCUUGCAGGAAUCCGAAGAAAGCUCAUGCGGCGAAAGACGAGCUGCAAACGCUCUUGUGGCACCUCGCUCGCCUGCCAGAGACCUCCGAGUCUUUGCGCGACGUACCUAGUCAGAGCUGCAAGCUUGACGAACACCAAUAUGCCAGUGGAGACAUGUCGGCUCGUGGGGAAUACAGCAGAGAUGAGAACGGAAAUUUGCUCAAAUUGGAUCAUCGGGAGCCGAGAGCAGCUGCCGCAUACAGGCGACGCUUUUGCGAAGGGACGCAAAUUGAGGUUGUCGAGCUUGACUUGAACAGCAUGUCUAGCGCUCUGAGCUGUGCCAGCGAGGUCACACAGAGGUGAGUAUCCUCUUGAGCAGCUGCCGAGGUCAAAUCAAUGACUCAUCACCAUCGCCUGAAUCAGGUAUGGCUACGUCACGCAUCUCGUUCUCAAUGCUGGAGGUGCCGCUUGGAUCGGCUUGGAUUGGCCACUGGCUGUCUGGCAGGUGCUCACCAGCUUGCACGUUGCUGUCACACUGCCGAAGUACAAACUCCAAAGGUCAGGUGAUCGCAGCUCAGACGGAUACGGAUGGGUCUGGCAGGCGAAUGUGGGUGCACACUACGUCGUCGUGAGUAGCAUGCUUCUUGUCACUACAGCGAUUGAGCAGUAGCUCAAGCGCAUUGCUCUUAUACGUGGCGACAGACAAGGGCAUUGUUACCAGCUCUGCGGGCCAGUCCUUUCGACACCCCCUCUCGCGUCAUCUGGACAAGUUCCAUCGAGGCAUUAGAGCGACACUAUGAGGCGCGCGACCCUCAAUGUCUCGACAAUCAGAGACGCCACUGCCCUUACGAGUCAACCAAAUACCAAUGCGAGCUUGCGUCAAUCGGACUGGGCCAGAGGCUUAAUGCGUCGCUGUUCGAUCGCCAGGACAACGGCCUUCAAGUCCACAAUAACGGUGUCAAACCGCAUUCGCCUGAGAGCUUUGUAGUCCAUCCAGGCGUAGUGGCAAGCAGCAUCUUUUCCGAAUUCCUCAAUGUGGUCCUGGCAUGGUGCAUGCACGCCGCCUUCUACUUCGUGCGUGCUGCUAGCAAAGCAGAUUACCCGUGGGCUCUUCUGAUGACUUUUGCACCUCCCGAACAGGCUCGAUGGACAUUUUCACCGAACCAUCCUAUUCAGCCAUAUAAAGGAGCAGUGGCAGCUUCUCACGUGGCUCUCGCACCCCAACACUUGCUCAGCCCGAUGCUGCGGUACGGCUCGUGCGCCAACUUUUGGGGACAAGAAUACGUUUCAUCUGGCAGGGUCGACGGCUGGUCCGAUGAAAGUGUGGCUUCCGGUUUGGUGAAGAAAGGUAAGGAGGAAAAGGAGGGAGAUAUGGUCAGAAAAAAGGCAGAUCAACUGAUCGAGGCGCUAGAGGAUAUCACGAGGGAUGUAUGGAAGAAAAAUAUGAAGGGAAUUCCCGAGAAUCUGGAUGGAACUCAUCGGGAACGCAAAGCAGAUCACGCGAGAGAGCAAGUUGACAUUCGGUCAAACUCCCAAAGCGGUGAUGUACGACGAAGGACUCAGGCAGAUGAGCUGGCAGAGAUCUGAUGCAAUGCACAUUUAGGUGCUCAUACUCUUGCACUUGUAGCAUGAUCGACUGCUUGUAUCGGUAGUCACAAGUGGUGAGUUCGCCGACUGCUUGCGGCGCUGCUGGCGGCGCUCAUCCGUCCGCACGAGGUGAUGAGACUAGCCUAGUCCCUCAGCAAUCGAUCUUCCAGUCAAGACCCAGGAGAGCAGGGUAAUGAUUGGCAAGGCGUAGCCUACUACGGAAUCCCACAUCCACACUCAGACUGUUGAAUAAGUAUGCAUCCAUGCUUAGCAUAGCAGCGAGAAGCAAGAUCACUGGGAGAAUGUGCGCUGCGCAGAUGCGAGCCCGUCUUGCGUUGGCAAGCUGCACCAUUCCCUACAAGUGAGCGGCGGCGUACUUGCAAAGGCGCCCACCGGCGCAGCGUUGGCUUCGUUUUGCCCUUGUGGUAAGUUGAGAUGCUCGCGCUGCUGGUUGUGCUCGUCGCUCAUUCCCUGUCCAAUUGUAACGCCGGAAGCUGUUAAGUUCGAGCGGACAGCUGUCGUUCAUCGGCGUUGA